UUUCUAGUCCCCUUUGCAGAAUGAAACUAUACUAUGCUGACCAGAAGGGGACAGGUGCUCUCACAGCCACCAGGAGGGCCAGGAUGAAGAUGGUCAGUGUCCUGCUGGUUUCACUCUGGCUGUCCAUGGUCACCCUCAGCAGAGGCUCAGAACGCUGUGAUGACUGGGGAGUGGACACCAUGAAGCAGAUCCAGAUUUAUGAUGGGGAACCUGCCAAGAUUAAAUGCCCACUUUUUGAGACCUUCUUGAAGUACAACUAUAGCACAGCCCAUUCUGCUGGCUUAACCCUGAUCUGGUACAGGAUCGCGCAGGACCGGGAUCUGGAGGAGCCCAUUAAUUACCGUCUCCCGGAUAAUCACAUCAGUAAGGAUAAAGACACCCUUUGGUUCUGGCCUGCCCUUCUCAAUGACACUGGGAAUUACACCUGCAUGCUUAGGAACACAACCUACUGCAGCAAAGUUGCUUUUCCCUUGGAGGUUGUUCCGAAGGACCAGCACUCUUGUGUGAGCCAUUCCAUAAAACCCACUGAGGAGAUGUUCUACUUGGAGCAUGCCAAUCAGAAGAUCACAUGUCCAGAUAUUGAUGGGUUUUACCCUGCCAGUGUGACACCAACUGUCAAGUGGUACCUGAACUGCAACUCGGUGGAUGGCUUCUAUGAGCGAUAUCCCCAAGGGCCCAGGCUUGUCAUUGGCAUUGUCCGCAGUGCGUAUAAAGGGAAUUACACUUGCAUUGUGACAUUCAAGGACCACGGAAGAACCUAUAAUCUCACCAGAACCAUAAAGAUGAAGGUGGUGGGAUCUCCAAACAAGGCCUUGCCACCACAGUUCACCUCUCCAAAUGAGAAAGUUCUGUAUGAGCUGGAAGCAGGUGAUGACCUUAUCCUGCCCUGUGAGGUUUUCUUCACAUUCCUGAAGGACUCCCGAACUGAGGUGUGGUGGACCAUAGACGGGAGAAACACAGAUGACAUCUCAGACCCCAAGAUAAAAGUGACACAGAGUGAAAUUACUAGAGAUUUUGAAGACAAGACUCUGAUAAGGACUCUAACAGUUGCAAAAGCCACGGCAGAGGAGCUGAAGCGGAAUUACACUUGCUAUGCCAGGAACGCCAAAGGCGAGGAGCACAGCCAGGCCAUGGUGCGCAUGAAAGUUGUAGCACCCAAGUACACUGUGGAGCUGGCCUGUGGCCUGGGGGCCACCAUCCUGCUCGUUGUGGUGCUCAUAGUCGUCUAUCACGUCUAUUGGCUUGAAAUGGUCCUCUUCUAUCGGGCUCAUUUUGGAACAGAUGAAACCAUUCUAGACGGGAAGGAGUACGAUGUGUACGUGUCCUACGCGCGCAACGCGGAGGAGGAGGAAUUUGUGCUGCUGACGCUGCGGGGAGUCCUGGAGAACGAGUUCGGGUACAAGCUGUGUAUCUUCGACAGAGACAGCCUCCCUGGGGGAAUUGUCACAGACGAAACCCUGAGCUUCAUCCAGAAAAGCCGACGUCUGCUUGUUGUCCUGAGCCCCAACUACGUCUUGCAGGGGACACAGGCCCUGCUGGAGCUCAAGGCUGGCCUAGAGAAUAUGGCCUCCAAGGGCAACAUCAAAGUCAUUCUAGUGCAGUACAAAGCCAUCAAGAAGAGCAAAGUGAAGGAGCUGAAGCAGGCCAAGGCGGCCUUGAAUGUCAUUAAAUGGAAAGGCGAGAAAUCCAAGUUCCCAAAGGGCAGGUUCUGGAAGCAGCUGCAAGUGGAAAUGCCAGUGAAAAAAAUUAGCAGGAGUUUAAGCCUUGAUGGGUUAAUGCAUAUCCCUGAAAAAUGUUUGACACAAUCAGAAAACAAACCAAAACACACUGCAAAAAUCCACAAGUUAGGCCAGGGAGUGGGGAGGAACUCAAGGUUUUUUCCAUGAAGGACCAUGUCCCGAGCAUUUCAGAGGAUAGUCAUGUUUUCCCUGCAGCUUUGAUAUUGCUCUGUCAGUAGAGAGACCAAAGAUGCAAACACCUGCUCUCUGCAAAUGUAUGUCCUUGUUAUCAACCACACAAGUCCUGGGCUUAAGAUCUAAAUUUGCUAUCCAGGUGGGAUGCAUCCAGCACCUUGUGAUAGCAUGGCCAGUACUCCUAGAUCCAGUUCCUCUGGGACCUUCAUUAGCAUCCAGGACAGAGCUUCUUUUCACUCCUAAGUGACUUCACUCCUUUCUGGUCCUCAGUCCCUGUUGCAGAGGCUGAGGAGCAAUUUGCAGGGUGGCUCCAGUGUGGAGCCUUUCCUGCAUGUCCCAGGUCUGUAGUCCCAAUCACUUGCGGGAUCACAGACUUCUGCAGCACUGUGAAGAGCGUAGGCUCUUAAAGCUCCUCAUCUUUGCUCCCCAAAUUUCCUUUGAAGCAAAUGCAUCCAGGUAGUUUGGUAAUAGGAAAUCGCUGUAACAGAAGCAUUAAAAAAACCCCCCAUAACUCUACUGGGUGCUAUCUGUAUUGUAGCACAUCUAGUAACAAGUGGUCAGUCUCUGGGACUCUGCAGUCUCACAAGUACCCCAGAUCCUUCAGAGCUGCUUGUAAUCCAGGGAAAUCUCUCAUAAGUACAGGCCAUGGAGCAUAUGAGAGAUGUUUCUUUUUAGAGUAAACUCAGGGGCUUCACAAGCACUACAGGAAACCCCAGUGUACUACUGAACCUGCCUACUGUCUGCCACUGGCUGGGAGAAAGCACCAUGCAGGUGCUUCCAAGGUCUUUGGGAUGACACUGCAUAGAAGUCCAACUCAGAAGGACACCCGAUAAACUUACUUGAACUUCCUGAAAACUACUAGUUCUGUCCAUGUAGGUAGGAUUAUGAGGGCAGGCUGAGAAAGCUGGGGGGGAUGUUCUCCCUGGAGAAGGCUCCUGGGAGACCUUUUUGUGGCCUUUCAGCGCUGAAAGAGGGCUUAUAAAAAAAGUGGGGACUGGAUUUUUAGUAGGGCCUUUUGAAAUUACCCCUUUAGGGACAAGGGCUAAUGGUUUUAAACUAAAAGAGGGUAGAUCCAGACUAUAUUUAAGGAGGACAUAUUUUACAGUGAAGGUGGUAGAACACUGGCACGAGUUGCCCAGGGAGGUGGUGGAUGCUCCGUCCCUGGAAGCAUUCAAGGCCAGGUUGGACAAGGCUCUGAGAAAUCUGAUCCAUUGCAUAUGUCCCUGCUUAUUGCAGGGAGGGUGGUCUUUGAAGGUUCUUCCCAACCCAAAUUAUUCUAUGAUUUUAUGAAGACUCUGUCUUCAAUACCUGGUUAUGAACAACAUUGCCAUUUUUAAUUCAGGGCUUAGGUUUAAACUAGCUUUGGCUUUACAAAGUAAGUCUCUCCCCAUCUUGAUUCCAGCCCAGAGCUGCAAAACAGAGGGUGUAUCUCAGCUUCUGCAACACUUGUGCAAAUCGGAAGCACAAAAACCUGCUGUGUAGGUGUCCUUGCUUCUGCAGGAGAGGGCCUGGUGAGUUAACCCCCAUCACACAGCUGGUGCUGAGGAGGGGAGUUUCCUGUCUUAUAGGACAGACCAAAGCACAGUGAGGCCCUGACAUUGACUGGUGCUAUGGUUCACAAUGUUUUCAAAUAAAACUUCAGGCUCUGGGGGUGUCUCCAUACUCCUGCAGCUCCUAGUGCAAGGAUCUGCCCACUUAAUUAUGGAGUUAAGUAUUACAUGCACCAAGUGCAUGCUACUUUUUAUUGGUGAUGGUUUUGCUCCUGAGUCACCUUUGGCUCAUGCAUUUGUUCUGUUGGUGUCCAGUGGGUGAAGCAUAAGCAUUCAUAAUGGCACUGUAAAAGCACUACAGUUAGGAGUCUAUGCACUAUUCACCCAGCAGAAUUGGGAGCUUUGAGAGCAUUCCAGUAAAAAGCCCAGCCUUAAAGGGGACUGAAUCCUGGUGUCAGAGAAACCUUGUCCUUAGCAUUUUAUGAUUAAUAAUGUUAUUCCAGGGCUGCAGGGAGCUACAGCCCCCCAUGCCCUUAGUCAUGUACUGUAUGUUGUGUUUAGGAAUGGUACGCCACAAUUCAGUGCUCCCCCUGAAGCAAUGUGCCCUCUUCUUUUUUCUCCUCUUCCUCCCCUGCAGAGGACGGGAGAGGGAAUUGAAAGCACAGAAGGUAAAGAUCCCUCCAUGAGAUAAGAAAAAAUUAUUUGCUGCAAACAGGAAUGAAAUAAAAAAAUUAACAACAAUACUGGUGAUAGAGGGUAAAAGAAAUGAAUGAUUCCCAUGGAAAAAAACCCUGACAAUUGACCAUAUCCUUCUUCUGCACUGCACUGGCCCAGCUGUGCUGUGCUGGGAUCCUUUCUCUCCAAAAGAGACCCCCUUCCCCCAACCUUUGCAAAUGCAAGGUGGUUUAGAAUAAUGUCAGUGAUUCUAUAGGACAUGCCUCCUCCUGACUACUGCAAAAACUAACCCUGUCCUGGCUGGAACCAGGACACUGUACAAAUGUGUAACAAAUAGGGCUUCUUUCUUACUGCCUUCUUCAUCUUCCCCCCCCCAAGUAAGCUUUGAUUUAAGCAUGUAAAAUUGCAGUCAGCUUCACUGGAGGCAGUGGAGCUUGUCAUCUGCUCAGAGGUGCUUAAAAGUUUUGUUAUGAGCUUUUCUACUGUGGUUGUCUGUGGAGGGAUAGAGCUGCUUCCCACACUCCAGAAAACCUAAUUUAUAAGAGAUAGCACCCAAACCCCUGCUUGGCUUUGUGAACUCAUUGCAACCCUGUCAUUGUGCCCAGCUUCACCUUUUUGUUUGUGUUUUAAGCAUCUCUCUAAUCAGCUGCCAGAUCUGCAAGCAGACGGAAGGCCCUGAGGCCAAAGCAGAGCUGUGUUAGAUUCCUACAUGAUUUUUAAAAGAUUGACUCCCAAAUACUCAUAAAUAGAAUUGACAUCCCAGACCUCACUACAUCACAUCUCACUUUUGACUGAGUUACCAAGAGAAUUUAUGCGGAUUGUUAUCUUGAAAACUAAGCCUCCUGAUCUUGUUUUCAUAAUUUUAGUUACUUCACCAGGAAAGUAACUAUAAACAUAAAUUGUUUAUACAUUCCUUCUA